AUGGCCCGGGAACUGCUGAUCAGGGGUCGCCCCCGAAAUCUCCGCGAUGUGGAAUCCCACAGUGAGGGGAAGUCCUCCUUUUGGCGCGAUUGGACUGUGAUCCUGCUGUGGAGUGUCGUAGGAUACACUUGUCUCCUCUUCACGGUGUUGACCUUCUUCAAUCCGCGUCUGGUCCAUUUUGAUAUCUCAUCGUUGCUGUUUCGGAAGGAGAUAUCGCCCUUUUUCGCAUUCUCCCAGGCAUCGGGCCAUUACCCCAAGCCACAGGGAUUCAAGAUUGUGGCUUUGGUGCCCUUCCACGAUCAGGAACGUACGGCCAUCUUGGACUGCUACUUGCAGAAAAACUUGGCUCAACACGAUGGAUUCCUGGAUCAGGUCGUCUUCGUCCCGCUAACGGACAACGCUGCCAGCAUUCAAUGGCUGUACUCGAUCAUUAACCAAACACCCGAGUAUACCAUCGCUCCCGCAGGUGAGGCUAGCGAAUGGCAGCUUACCGAGAAUGUAAUGUACAUUCGGAUCGACGGGGAUACAGUCUUCCUGGAGGAAAACGCUAUCCCCACCAUCGUCAAGACCAAACUCGACCACCCAGACUCGUUGAUAGUCUCGGCCAACGUCGUGAACGAAGCAGCUCUCGCAUCCCUCCAUAGCCACCCUGGCGUCGCUCUCCCAUAUCUCCCCGAGCUGCGUCGUAUAGAGCAGCCAGCGCGAGGAAAGCUAGAACACGAUGAAGAUUGGCGCUCGUCGCACCUUCCUCGCUGGCAAGGUCCCCCGAAUUUCAAAGUCACUCGUGACUUUGAGCCACCUUUUGAAGGGCACCGCUGGCUACUUCCCCGCGAGGCUAGCUCUGACCGCGAUCCGAUUGCAGCCUCUGUGUACACCGACACUGGUCCCACAUUGGAUGACUGGACAGUGGGUGCGCAGCAGCAUUACUCGUUCUUGCAUCAUUUGGAAGACAAUGAUCUGGGUCAUUACAAGUUCCCUAUCUGGGUUGAUCCCGCUGAGUCCAUCAGCCAAAACUUUGGCUGCUUCUGGGGAAAUGAUGCGGAGGCUGUGCGCGAUACUUUCAACCACAGCACUCGUAAAUUGUCCCGGAACACGUCAGAUAAGACUCCGCAUGCCAUCAUCGAUGGAAAAGGCAUUGUGGCGCAUUACUCGACUCAACAAGCCGCGGCGGGUUUGGAUGCCACAGACCUCAUCAGUCGUUACCGGGCAUAUGCGCGAGAGAAGGUGUGUCUGCAAACACAGUAG